CAACAAUGUCGGACAGAAAGAAAAUGAAGAGAUCUGCAACACAAAACACAUUUAAUGUGACAUCACUGCCAACAGUCAGUCCACUGAAGAAUGAAGACAAGUCAACAGGUCCAAGCUGUCUCUCCCUUAAGAGUGACGCCUCCAGGUUUCUGCCCCAAAACUUUAGUGAGGAAAGAUCAAAACGUCAGAAGAUCAGGGAAGAACUGACUGACUGUUCAGUCUGUAAACAUGAUUUAAGGAAUUCAGUAAACUUCAUGUGUGGACGUCGCUCAUGUAAGCACUGUUUGGAGAAGGAGCAAGUCAAUUCACCAAUAGACUCCCCGUCCCCAAAGUAUGCAGAGAAAUUACAAAAGGACACAACUAAAGAUGAAGGUAACAGUGUCUUUCUGGAAGCAAAGAUGAAUCUUAAACAAGCAAUGAAGGAUAAAUUCACUUUGACGUCUGAAGGUAAUGGUGAUCAUCACAACUCCCUCAAAAGCAUCUACACAACCCUGUCCAUCACCACUGGAGAUAAUGAUGAACAAAAUCAGGAACAUGAGUUCAGACAGCUUAAAAAUGCUCAUCCAGACCAACCGCUGAGUGACUCUACAGUCAACCUGAGUGAGCUCUUCCAAUCGGUGGCUGACCAGGAGAAACCCAGCAGGACAGUCCUGACAAAGGGAGUCGCAGGCAUUGGAAAAUCCUUUGCUGUCCAGAAGUUCAUCCUUGAUUGGGCUGAAGAGGAAACAAACCAACAGACUGAUUUUGUUUUCAGUCUUCCUUUCCGAGAGUUGAAUUUGAAUGUAGGAGAGAAAAGCCUCCAUGAGCUGCUGACUGAGUUUUAUCCGUUUCUCAGAUCUCUGAAAGAUUCCCAAGAUUACUCCAAAACAAAGAUCAUAGUGAUCCUGGAUGGCCUGGAUGAAAACAGACAUCAGUUGGACUUUCAACAAUCAGCCAAAGUAACUUCUCUUGAUGAUGUAUCUUCUGUAGGUGAUCUUGUUGUAUCCCUGAUCCAGGGUCACCUCCUUCCUGAUGCUAACGUCUGGAUAACGUCCCGACCAGCAGCAGCCAGUCAGAUCCCUGCAGAGCACAUCGACACGGUGACAGAGAUCAGAGGGUUCACUGAAGCUCAGAAAGUGAAAUAUUUCAGAAAGAGAUUUGGUGAUGAUUCCAGUCUCACUGCCAGGAUAACGUCACAUAUCCAGUCUUCACAAUCCCUGGACAUCAUGUGCCAGAUCCCAGUAUUCUGUUGGAUUUCUGCUGUCUUAUUCCAGGAAGUCUUCAGCAGAAAUGAAGAGACAGAAAUCCCACAGACUCUUACAGAGUUAAUGGCACAUUUUGUCUUUGCUCAGACAAAACGUAGAAGCAGGAAGUAUGACAGGAACCCUGAGAAAAACAGAGAGAAGCUCCUGAAGACUCACAGAGAAUUUCUUCUGAAACUUGGGAAACUCGCGUUUGUCCAGCUUCAAGAAAACCAACUCAUCUUCUACGAGAAAGACCUGGAAAACUGUGGCAUUGAUGUAGGAGAAGCAACAAUCUACUCUGGUUUAUGUAACACUGUUCUCCAGGAAGAGGAGGUCUCCUCCCAGAAAAAGGUCUUCUUCUUUGUGCAUCUGACUCUUCAAGAGUUCUUUGCAGCUCUGCAUGUCUAUGAAUGCAUGAAAACCAAGAAAACCAAUGAACUUGGCAAAUUCCUCUCUGUGGAAGACGAAGACAUUCCUUUACUUGAUCUUCUAAAAAUGACAGUCGACAAAGUGCUGGAGAAGAAGAACGGUUACUUAGACUUUUUCUUGCGAUUCUUGCUUGGCCUGAUGGUUGAACCCAAUCAGAGAUUUCUUCAGGGUCUGUUGACUCCCCUUGACGAAUGGGAUGACACAGACAAGAAAAUCUUAACUUACCUGAGAUCAAUUAGAAGAAAAACCGUCUCUCCAGACAGCUGCAUCACCAUCUUCCAGACCAUGACUGAAAUGAGAGAUCACAAAGUCAAAGAUGAGAUUCAGGAAUUUCUCAAACUGUCUGAUCAUUCAAAAAUGGAACUUGCUCCUUUGCACUGCUCAGCUUUGGCCUACAUGCUGCAGGCCUCCAAGAAUGAUCUGGAUUUACUGGAUCUGAAGACCUACAACACAACAGAUGAUGGCAGAAGGAGAUUAAUACCAGCUGUUAGGAGCAGCAAAAGAGCUGUGUAA